GUGAAUGUAACUGACAUAUUGCCCUAAACAAACAUGGCUGAGGGAGACAAGGAACGAAAGCGUCGUCACUUCCGGUUCAGUUCGCGCCGGCCAAUCAUAUCGUAGUACUGGGGAUGUGGCGAAUUUCAAACCAGCGGCUGUCUGUGCUGUGUUAGUCGGUGCUGGGGCGCUAACCAGACGGUGACAGAAGGCGGGGGACGGUGAGAACACAGGCCGCGCUGGCAGACAGAUUUGUACAAAAUGGAAGAUGAAGAUAUAAGUGAACGAAAAUUGAAGAUUGCCUCCAUUCUGGAUAGAGUUAAAAGUUUCAAAACGAAGUAUGGGAAUGAAGAUAACUGGACGGAUGAGCUAACUUUCACCAAAUCUUCUGCUGACACGACAGAGCACUCUGGCGUCUUUAAUAACCUGUUUACACUAAAAACCCCGGAAGAAUGGCUGACUUCACUCUUAAAACUUGAGAGUACAGGCUUGCCACAGAGCGAUAGGAUGCUCCUGAAUAAAUUAAUCGACAAUUACACCCAGGCUGUUGAGGCGCUUUCUGCAGAAAAGUACAGCCAAAAUGAGAGUUAUUCUAAAAUCUUGGUUAGAUUCGCUGAGUUGAAAGCCAUACUGGACCCAGAUGAAGCACGUGACCAAUUCCAGCUUGCAAGGUUAAACUGCAAAAAAUUUGCUUUUGUCCACACUGCUUUUGCCCAAUUUGAGUGGUCUGAAGGAAACUUCAAAAAGAGUAAGCAGAUACUUCAGAAAGGAAGGGAUUGCAGAGCGGUCCCUGCUGAAAUGAUAGAGUUGGCGGUGACCAAUUUGCAGUUGAAGAAGCCUCAGCUGAUCUCUGAAGAAGACAAGGAGAACUUGGCCUUGUCUUUGAGCCAUACAAAUGGAGAAAAUGUGCAGAGCGCUGUGCUGGGAAGGCCCCAGAGAAUACGCAGCGACAGCUCUGAGGAUCUCUCCACCAACCUGUUCUUUUCGUUUGGACAAAAAUUAAGCUCACCUGAAGAAUAUGAUGAAAUUCCAAGGAAGCCUCUAGUGAACGUGCCUAACAAGACAUGUAUGUUUGGGAGAGUCCCUGUACAGCCCUUGACCUCUCCAGAAGCUGGUGCCAGUAAUAAGGACCUUUCCAUCGCAAGCGUAAAAAGACAACCACUUAAUGCAAUGCGUGUUCCUGUUCUGCCUUCUCUGUCAAAACCGAAGCAUGGUGGUGAUGACAACCAGGUUUCUGGGAAUAAGAUGUCCACCAUUAUUAGUCCAAAUGUGAGUCCCACUAGCCCAGUGCAGCUUAUAGAAGACAGUAUAGAAAUGAAAACUCCUUCUUCAGUGAUCAUCAGAAGAGCCAGUGCAACAACCACCCAUGUCCAAAGAGAUGAUGACACAAAUAUGGAUGACACAGAUUCUACCACAGCUCCAUAUAAACCUCAGGAAGUCAAUAAGGAGUUUGAACCUUGUCCUAAAAUUGAGAACAAUGUCACUCUCAAGCAUCCUGAUCCACCAAAACACACAAAUGUGGAAACAGAAUGGAAAUGGAAAGUUCCUGAGGUGCCAAGUGACAUUUUCCAAGCAGAGGGAAAGCGAAUGAGUAUUGAGCCAAAUGCUUAUCCUGUGUCCAAAAGAGUAUCUCCACCUGGGCCACCUCGAAAGUGUGAUCCUGCCUUUGUUUGUGCCACUCCUGCCAAACCACAGGAAGAUUAUAUGAGCUGUUUUAGAACUCCUGUGGUAAAAAAUUCUUUAGGACCCCUGUCGCUGAUGUCUACUCCUUGUGACAACCGUUCCAGCUAUCUUCCACAUACCGCAUCUAACUCUCUUUUACAACCUUUUCCGAUUGCUCAACCUAUUCCAUCAAGUGAAUGCAUUGUAGUUAAAGGAAGAGUAUAUGCAGUUCUGAAACAAAUCGGCACUGGCGGAUCUAGUAAAGUAUUUCAAGUUAUGGAUGACAAGAAGCAGUUAUAUGCUGUAAAAUAUGUGAACCUUGAAGAAGCUGAUAAACAGACUAUUGAGAGCUACCAGAAUGAGAUCUCUCACUUGAAUAAACUUCAGCAGCACAGUGAUAAAAUAAUUCGUCUAUAUGACUAUGAAAUAACAAAAGAACACAUCUACAUGGUGAUGGAGUGUGGAAAUAUUGACCUUAAUAGUUGGCUCAGGAGAAAGAAGACUAUUAAUCCAUGGGAAAGAAAAAGUUACUGGAAGAACAUGUUGGAAGCUGUUUAUACAAUACACCAACAUGGUAUUGUUCACAGUGAUUUAAAACCGGCAAACUUUUUGCUUGUUGAUGGGAUGCUUAAACUGAUAGACUUCGGCAUUGCAAACCAAAUACAACCUGAUGUAACAAGCAUUGUAAAAGAUUCUCAGGUGGGCACCAUUAAUUAUAUGCCACCUGAGGCCAUUAAAGAUACAACAUCUUUUGGAGAUAAUGGAAGGCCAAGAUCAAAGAUAAGUCCGAAAGGAGAUGUUUGGUCUCUGGGGUGUAUACUUUACUGCAUGACGUAUGGAAAGACUCCCUUCCAGCAUAUAACUAAUCAGAUCACGAAGCUGCAUGCCAUCCUGGAGCCCAGUUAUGAAAUAAAGUUUCCAGAUAUCCCAGAAGCAGAUCUUCAGGAUGUGCUUAGGAAAUGUUUAGUGAGAAAUCCUAAGGAAAGAAUAUCCAUCGCAGAGCUCCUCGCUCAUCCAUAUGUUCAGAUCCAGCCUCAAACACGUCCAGAAGAACAAGUACAGAAGGGUACCUCUGAGGAAAUGAAGCGUAUUCUUGGGCAGCUGAUUGGACUUAAUUCCCCAAAUUCUAUAUGCAGAGCUGCAAAGAGUUUAUAUGAUCAAUGUAACAGUGGCAAAAGCCUGGAUUUAACUACGAUUAGCAAAGAGACAAAUCAGAACACCUGGACGAUGAAGUGAUAUGCGGCUUCUGAAGCUUUGAUGCAAUGGAUAAAUAAAAAGUGCUGGACGUGGCUUUUAAGGUAUAUCUUCCUGAAGAUCCUCCUCACCGUUAUACGUCGGACCUCAUUGAUCCUACUUUUAAAUAAAGCUCUCAAACCAUUAUUAUAGUCCCAAUGAACAUCUAUGGUAGAACAAUGAUAUAGAAUAACUUUUCUCCUCAUGCUUCGGAUGGUGUCAAAUCAGAAUAUGCUAAAAUAGCCAGUUCUAGAUUAACACUAAGCCUGAAGGUAGAUAAGAGAUUAUAUAGAUUAUAUAUGCAAAUAGCAAGAACCAGUAAGCAGUUCAUCUGUAAAGUGUUGAAGGCAUAGUCCAACCUCUGCAUAGGGGAUGUGUGUCUGAUCGCAGGGGGGUCAUUGUCUGUGAGACCCCUGGAGAUACCAGAUCCCUGUACUCUGGUAUCUUCAGCACUCCCAUAGACUAUUAAUGCAGUACAUGCCGACCCAUCGCACCAUUUAGUCAGGAUCAUGGGAAGUUCCAGAGGUCAGACUACCCCUUUAAGCCAGAGUGUUCAUUUGUUGUAUAGUUACACUGUGUCCAUUGAGUUUAGCUAUUCACUUCAGUAUUAGAAGCCUCAAAGAAAUUUGUCAUUAGGUGAACAUUUAACCUUUUUUUCCCAAAAUGCUACAGUAUCUGCCAUUCAUUCCAUAGUUGACUACUCCUCUGCUGUGAAUACUUUUUAUUUCAGCUACGUCUAUGCUGUCAUUCCCUAGAAUCAAAGGUUCUCUUCUGCCACAGUGUAAAUAUGUCAUACCAGAAUUGUUUGGUUUUAUUGUCCACUUUGUGUAUGUGAACACAGACUUCAUAAAUCCAGCUAUUCAUUUCUCUGACACCUUGUAUACAUUGUAAUGCACUUUUGUAUAUUAUUUUCCAUUUCUAACUUACCCCUGUGUGUGUUCAUUUAUGAGAUUUUUUGUCUGUAAGAUGUACAUAUUCUUAAUAUGAGAACAUUUCCAAAUCAGCUUGACAUUAACAAUGAAACAUUAAAACACAUAAUUGUUAAUUUCUGUUUCCUUUGUGAAAAAAAAUCUUUAUUUGGAUAUAGUCUGAGGAAAGUUUUCAGAAGUACAACAAAAUCAAACCUGUAUAAGCAGGGUAUCAUUUUAAUCAUAUGGACCUACAGAAUAAAGUGUGUCAUUUUUACCGAAAAAUGUACUGUGUAGAAACAGAAGCCCCAAAAGUUACAAAAUUGUGUUUUUUCUUCAAUUUUGUCGCACAAUGGUUUUUUUUUUUCCGUUUCUCUGUAGAUUUUUGGGUAAAAUGACUGACGUCAUUACAGAGUGGAAUUGGUGGCGCAAAAAAUAAGCCAUCAUAUGGAUUUUUAGGUGCAAAAUUGAAAGAGUUAUAAUUUUUUUAAAGGUCAGGAGGAAAAAACGAAAGUGCAAAAAUGGAAAACUUCUGGGUCAUGAAGGGGUUAAACCACUUAAAAAGACACUUUUUGUUUACACAGGAAUAGGUGUUUUUUUUUUUUUUUUAAGUUAUCUUCAGGACAGCACAUGUUGCACAGCUGCAGUGUAGAACUGCUUCAGUAUGGAGGGCCUGGAAAAAGUUUGAAAACGGGAAAGAAGCAUUAUUGUCUAAUAGGAUAUAUUACAACAUUUUCUUAUAUUUGCUUGUAGUAUACAUCAAUGCAAAGUUUGUUUAAAUGACAGUGCCUAGAGACAUGUCGAAAGUUUUAACCAAUCAGGGUCUUUGUGCUGGGACCCCCACUGAUCAGGAGAAUGUUUGGGGAUGUAUGCUUGUCAGAAGUUACAGUGACACUUUGAAAACAGCACAUUUGUUCUUUACUUAGAUUUUAUGUGGUAUAUACCAGAUUUUACCAACUUUGCCUUGUUGGUAAACCAGUUUAAUAAAAACAAUCUAAAAAGUUAUUUUUGUGGACAACAAAAUUCUUUUACAUGCUUUUUUUUUCUGGCAGCACAUGUUGAGCCAGAAAGAAGUUCCGCAGCGUACUCCUAGAAGACAUAUCGUACAGAUGUGUGAAAAAGUAAGCACACACCUUGGAGUUGCCUGGAUUUUUGUAUUGAUUACUAAUACAAUGUGGUCAGAGUCUUAUUAUAGACACACAAAAUCUAACUUGACUAGUAACACAAGAAGUUGCAAAGGAAAAUGUGACACCUUCCAUUUAAUAACCUGUAGAUUCUACUUUAGCAGCAAUCACUUUUACAAGAUACUGUAGCUACAAAUAAGAUUUGCCCAGUGUUAAAAUGGAACUUGGGACCAUUCCAGGAGAAGAGAAACAUGGCUGCUUUCUUUAAAAACAGGACCAUAUCUGUCCUCCAGGUUGUGUGUGGUAUUACAACUCUGCUUGAUUUACUUCAAUGGAACUGAGCUAUUACCACACCUGAGCUGUUUCUGAAAAUACUGGCUAUGUUUUCUAAUCCUGGAAAACCCAUGUAAAAUGCUGGUCUUUAAAGGGUUAUUCUGGUGCUGUAGAAAAAGAAAAUAUUGUACAUACAGAUGUAGCCAUCAUUACCAUGAUCGUGCGAACACUAUAUAGAAGAUUGAAGAGAUGAGCAGCGGAGGACCGAACUAAUAAGAAUCAGAGCUGCAGUGAGGGAGUUGGGGGGA